AAACAUCCUGAAUUUUAUGAUUUUUCUCUGCCGGAGUAUUCAAGAAGAGAUUGUCAAGACAAAGCUUGGCAUGACGUGUCAAUAGAAGUUAAUUUAUCUGUGAACGAUUGCAAAGAAAAAUGGAGAAAUAUAAGGACUACGUUUGUAAGAAGAAUCAAAAACUCGACAAGUGGAUCAAAAGCCAAAAAACCGUAUUAUUUGAACGAGGCAAUGCAGUUCACGUUACCUUUUGUCAAAACAUGUGCUAUGCCUAGUGGAAAUUUACCACCUAUUCCCGAUAAAGAUUUUGAGAACGCUGAUGUGUGGGAAAACUCAGAAAAUAUAUCGGAGUAUACUGAAUCAAACCAGACGGAUAUCAUGUCAGUCUCAUCACCAGAUAUGCUUCUACCACUAUCCCCUCGCCCUUCUACUUCAAAUAGCAUACCACUAAUCACGACACAAUCUGAAACUGAACGUGUUACUACUCAAGAAUCGACAUUUUUAAAAUCAAAAUCUACUCCAAGAAAAAGAGAAAAAAGAAAUAAAAAUAUUUCCACUGAUGUUGACAAAGCCUUCACCGAAUAUUUUGAAAGCAAAAAAGCUAAAAUAACCGUUACUGCUUCUGAUGCCAGGACAAAUUCAGUAAAGCAGUUUCUAAAUAGUCUUAUACCAGAUCUUUUAACAAUGUCAGAUUCACAACUGAGAACCUAUAAGCGCAAAUCUAUUGAACUUAUUGACGAAAUACUUUUAAGUCCUCCCCCUAUGAAUAGUCAUUCCUCAGUUGCUACUUAUUUAUCUUCGUUUUCAUCCGACGAAAGCACGGUAAUUUCAAAUUACACAAACUUGUAA